AGGGUGCGCACGAUAAUCUCACUCGCGUCCUCCGUCAUCUUCACCGUCAUACAGACUCUUCCCCUGCAUCUAUUUUCGGAGUAUAUAUAUACACACCCACACGCUCUUCUACUGACAUUUCAUUGACUUUCUUCACAAUCUCUCUCUCUCUCUCAACUUUCUCUCUCUCUAAAAACAUCAACUCUAUGGACGAUCUGCCCGCCGGUUACCGGCCGAACGUCGGCGUUUGUCUCAUCAAUUCCGAUAAUCUGGUGUUCGUGGCUUCAAGGUUAAAUGUACCCGGAGCAUGGCAAAUGCCUCAGGGGGGGAUUGAAGAGGGAGAAGAGCCUACUUCUGCAGCAGUGAGGGAGCUUCGAGAAGAAACUGGAGUGGUUUCUGCUGAAAUAAUCGCAGAGGUUCCAAAAUGGCUGACUUAUGAUUUCCCUCCUGCUGUUAAAGCUAAAGUGAAUCGUUUAUGGGGAGGAGGUGAAUGGCAUGGACAAGCACAAAAAUGGUUCCUGAUGAGACUAACAAAAGAUGAAAGUGAAAUCAAUUUGUCAAGUGGUGAAGUUGAUCCAGAAUUUUCAGAGUGGAAAUGGACAACUCCUGAAGAAGUCAUUGAACAGGCUGUGGACUAUAAAAGGCCAACAUAUGAGGAGGUUAUAAGAACAUUCAAACCUCACUUACAUGAAGGUGGAAAAGGUGCAGCCAAAUGCUUAUCGACCAAAUGGUGAACAAAAAUGUGAAAUGAGGUUGGUGUUUAUUUAUUUAUAUUUUAUAGUAAUUGUUGCAAUUUAGCUCUACUUGCUCUCCUUGUACAUGAAUGUGAUAAGAUUAAAACUUUCUCAGAUUAGGUGUCCGUUUAUUCGUAAUGAAAUGUUGCUUAAAUUCAA